CAUAUUCUAUUAUGUCCUCUUCCCAACUCCCAUUCUCCAUUAAUGGCUUCCCAUGCUUAUCUGUUUCUUUCAUUGCCAGCCCUUAUAUACUUGUACAGUUGUACUCAGAAGAAUUAUACGCAAUAGUUUUUUUUUCCUGCGAAUUAUUGCCCGGGGUUUUCCAGUUUCACAAGCUAUUUUUGGGGGUUGAUUUCAAUAUAUCCUUCUAAUUGGAUCCCCCAUUUGAUCGCGUUUAACUUCUCUGAAAAACAUGUUUUUUCCGAUAUAUUUGAGCAGGUAACAGAUUCAGUUCGUCAAGAUCAACAAGCUUCAAGGAUUCAUUCGUAGCAUCUGUAAGCCCUCCUGCAGAUGAACUUUAGUUCUUCUUAGGUUAAAUUGCUCUUAGCUUCUUUGAGUUAAUUUAGCGAUUUCAAUGUGACCUCGAAUGAGCUCGCGUUUCGUUGAUGAUUCUUCAUCUAAGAAAAUCAGAUCUGGGUACUCUUGAGAUAUGGACAUAAGCAGUGAAGCCAGUGUAGAUUUUUUAUCAGUUGGGCCUUCAUCCCUCCUGGGUAGGGCUAUUGCUUUCAGAGUAUUAGCCUGCAAGUCGAUUUCACAACUGCGGCAUCAGAUUUUUCAGUCGUUGUUAUACUACUUGUCUAAGUUCAGGACUGGAGUUUCUUACUGCUUGAAGCCAUGUAUGUCCUGGCUGCAUCCGCGGAACCCUCAAGGGGUACUGGCAUUGGUCGCUCUCUUGGCUUUCUUGCUGAAACGAUGCACGAAUGUGAAAAUGAAGGCGGAGGUGGCUUGUAGGAAGAGAUUUUGGAGGAACAUAAUGGGAUCUGCUUUGACUUAUGAGGAAUGGGCUCAUGCAGCCAAGAUGUUUGAUAAAGAAGAGAUCCCUAAAAUGAAUGAGUCAAAUCUUUACGACGAAGAACUUGUUCGGUUCAAACUCCAAGAACUUAGGCACCGUAGGCAAGAGGGUUCCCUUAGAGAUAUUAUCUUUUGUAUGAGAGCCGACCUCGUGAGAAAUCUGGGUAACAUGUGCAACCCAGAACUUCACAAGGGUGGGUUUCAUACCCCGAAGCUUAUUCAAGAAUACAUUGAUGAGGUCUCAACUCAGUUGAGAAUGGUUUGUAAUGCCGAUUCAGAUGAGGUUCUUUUGGAGGAGAAGCUUGCUUUUGUUCAUGAAACUAGACACGCCUUUGGUAGAACGGCUCUGCUCUUAAGUGGGGGUGCUUCUCUUGGGUCAUUCCACAUCGGCGUGGUGAAGACAUUGGUUGAACACAAGCUUUUACCACGGAUCAUUGCCGGCUCAAGUGUAGGGUCCAUCAUGUGUUCUAUUGUGGCUACUAAGUCUUGGCCUGAGCUCCAAAGCUUCUUCGAGGAUUCAUGGUAUUCGUUGAAGUUUUACGAGCAGAUGGGGGGAAUAUUUACGGUCUUUAAGAGGGUGAUGACCUUUGGGGUUGUUCAUGAGAUCAGACACCUUCAAUAUAUGUUGAGGAAUCUCACUAAUAAUUUGACCUUCCAAGAAGCUUAUGAUAUGACCGGUCGGAUUCUUAGCAUUACGGUUUGCUCCCCAAGGAAGCACGAGCCAGCGAGAUGCUUGAAUUACUUGACAUCCCCACAUGUUGUUGUGUGGAGUGCCGUUACAGCUUCGUGCGCCUUUCCGGGCCUUUUUGAAGCCCAAGAACUUAUGGCAAAGGACAGGAGUGGAAAUAUUGUUCCUUAUCAUCCUCCGUUUCAACUAGGACCCGAUGAGUUGGAGGGCACAUCUUCUCGUCGUUGGAGGGACGGUAGCUUGGAGAUUGAUUUGCCUAUGACUCAGUUAAAGGAGCUUUUCAAUGUAAAUCAUUACAUUGUUAGUCAGGCAAAUCCUCAUAUUUCACCCUUACUCAGGCUCAAGGAGUUUGUGAGAGCUUACGGAGGUAGCUCUGCUGCCAAGCUUGCAAAGCUUACUGAGAUGGAGGUGAAACACAGAUGCAAUCAGAUACUAGAACUCGGGUUCCCGCUCGGGGGAUUAGCGAAGCUUUUUGCCCAAGACUGGGAAGGGGAUGUUACUGUUGUAAUGCCUGCAACUCUAGCUCAGUACUCAAAACUACUGCAAAAUCCAUCUACAAUGGAACUACAAAAGGCAGCAAAUCAAGGGAGGAGGUGCACUUGGGAGAAGCUCUCAGCCAUUAAAGCAAACUGUGGGAUUGAGCUUGCUCUCGAUGAGUGUGUUGCCGUGCUCAACCACAUGCGCAGACUGAAAAGGAGCGCAUACAGAGCCGCUGCCCCUUCUUCUUCCACCUAUUCAACGGGCCCCGCCACUAGAUUCAACGCCUCUAAAAGAAUCCCUUCUUGGAACUGCAUGGCGCACGAGAAUCUCCACGACGGCAGUGAUAGUGACCAGUCUGAAUGUGCUGACCUUAAUUCAUGGACACGGUCCGGUGGCCCUCUGAUGAGAACAACAUCUGCAGAUAAGUUCAUAGACUUUGUGCAGAACUUGGGUUCAGCUGGUUUCCAGUUGAACAAUGGAUUAACGGUUGACCCGAACGAGUUUGAAGAAAAGGACCACCGGAUUCCUUUGAUUGCGGGCUCAAGCGUUGUUGUGUCAGAAGGUGACUUCCUCCAGCCCGAAAGGAGUCACAAUGGCAGCAUUGUGUUUAACAUUGUGAAGAGAGGAGACUUGACGCCGUCGAGCCGGAGCCACGACUCCGAGAACAGUAGUUUCGUGCACGGCUCCGGGGCCGAAUGCGUCCAACUUGACAGUCUUGAAAAGGAAACUGAGGCUAGCUCAGAUGAUGGCGCUGAUGAUAAAUAAGGCAGGUUUUAGAUGAAACCCGAGUAUUAUCACCAAACAUACUUCCCAUCAUAUAUUCAUAUCCUAUUUAGAUUUAGUAGUGCCAAAAAUGAAUUGGAGUUGGGAGAAUUCAAUUCCAUCCAAAUUAAUUUCAUAGAAUUUCAACUCUCAAUUCAUUUCUAAUUCAGUAAAUUUCGUGUACCAAAUGAACCCUUAUAUCUCCCUUCUUUGGAAACUCAGGUCAAAAGAGAGAAACAAUCAGAAAUUUGCCUUGUCCAUGAUGUGCAGGCUCUGACAUUUUAUGGG